UGGGUGCCCGACCUCUUGAAUGUCCUUUCCCGGACGCCUGGGUCCUUGGUCCUUUAUUUUACUUUUUAUUUGUUUAUUUUAAUGACAUUUUUUUCUCACCGCUCGGAGCGCCGCUUGCUGCAGCCGCGCGUGCGCAUCAUCGCUUCCGGAACUCCGCUAGCCAUGACUUCCUGCGACGUGAUACCGCGGUGCUUCCGGAGUCAUGGCGGCGCUGCGGGAUUUUGGCUCGCACCGUACGGAGCUGCUGGCGGGCACAGCACGGAACCGCAGAGCGGCGGGUGGGCGCCGCCUCUGGCCACUUCCUCUCGCCUCCCUCCUCUGAGGCGAGGAGAGGGGCGGAAUCGGCGGGGACGUUUCGAUCUCGGAGGCGUAUCUGCCGUUUGUACCGAGCGGCUGCUGGUCAGUCAAAGAACGCCAUGCUCAUCAGGGCAAAACGUUGAAACCUUGGCAGCUAGACCGGUCUGGUUUUUCCCUGGUUUCAGAAGCCUGCAGAGAUGGAUGGGAGCUGGUGCUGCCUUGUUGCAGAUGUUACUUGAAAGGAUUGUCAGGAAGGGGGCAACAAGGCUGCCCAUGGCUCUUGGGCUCUCAGAAUCUGAAGGUCUGCGUAGAAACCGGGAAUCUGUUAGAGAAAUCCCCAAAGAAUCAAGAUCCAGAAUCUGCGUGGUCAAGAGAGACCCUGAUUUUUUCUGUGGGAGAACUCCUCCUGGCUGGGAUAGAAACCACAACAAAUGUUUUAAGAUUUAAACUGCUUUUCCAAGAUGAUGCAGUGAUCUGUAGUGGGAGGCAAAAAGGGAAGAUUUCUAUACAUUGUUCUGCUGUAUGAUUUACCAAAUAUAGGGUAGGCAGAUGUGAAAAGCUUACUUUGUGUGCAGAUUAAGAGGUUACCAAAAGACAGAUCUGAUAAAAGUUUAGUGUGUUACUUUGUGAAUACAUUACAAUGAAGCUUUAAUAUUUAAUAUGUAGAAUAUAGUUGGAACAUAAGUUUAGUGUAGUGAUGCAGUAUAUUAGUUGGCAGAUGCAGUUAAUAAACAGUAAGCAAAUGCAAUUAAACACUAAAUGGAUAAGGUAAAUUAAAAGUGUGAAAGCAUCAUUAAGAAUCUGUGUCUUAAGUGGUGGUGUAUCUGUGUGGGGUUUAACGGCUGAGGUACAAUUUCUGUUUAUCCUGAAGUGCCUCACUUCACACUAGACUUAUGUCCUCUACGCAGGUGUCUGUGCUUUCAGAGAAAUGAAAAAAGGUCUGCUUGAAUCCAAGUCUUCGCAGCCUGGCCUGGCUCACAGGCAGUGUUGGUACCUUAAAACCAGGGCAUCUUUCUUCUCUAUUAUGACCUGACCAGGAUGCCGGUUUACACUGAAGACGAAAACAAAAAACAGUUUUGUGGUUUUGUGUCUCCUCUGCAUCAGCCAGUUGUGGGGAGAUCUGCUCAGGUAAAGUCACCCUCUGCUCUCGGAUCUUGGGAGAUAGUGAGUUCCCGGAUUUGGCUCCAAAAUCAUCUCUGGAUAAAAGCUAAGCAUACUGUGACCUUACAUUUAUUGAGACUUUCUCUGUCCAAACUUUACAACAUACACCUAUA